UGGAUGACUCGCUAACAGACUUUGGCAUGUAGAAAACUUUCGACGAACUACUUACCGCUCGUAUCACGUUACAAAAAGCAUGGGCAUCCGGUUCCAAGCUACCACCCCGAAAACAUGGAGACCGAGGAUGUGCGGGAGAAGUGCCUGGAAUGUCUGAACUCGCUUGGUCAGCUCUCGGAUCGUCUGCUCAGUCUGAGACAGGUCGUCAGCCUAACAGCGGACAAGCGGCGAAAGACAACCAACGGCAAAGCAGCAUCGGAAUACGGACAAAGCACAUACUGGCAACGUAUCGCCAACGAAUCUUUCGAAUUGCUGGAUAGAUCGCACGACACAUUAUCAAACACCCUCGACAAAUGGUCGACGAAGAUCCAAGCGGCGGCGGCUCAACAGGCGAAUCUAGGGAAAGCCAACACGAAGUUUACGAAUACAGCCCAGAUAGGUGUCCUGGAAGCGAUCGAGAGCGGGUUGGGAGGCAGAGAACGAGGCGCUGAUAUAUGGCAAGACGAGGAUCCGGCGUACAAGGCCCUGCUGCGGGAAGUUAUUGAAUCCCGUUCAGGAUCCUCUGCGGGAGCUGGCAUUUCUGCCGUACAGAGUGAAAAGAAGAAGCGUCGGGAUGCCGAGCGUGGCGCCAGCAAAGGGCGAAAGCUCAGAUACACUGUCCACGAAAAGGCGCAGAACUUUGUCGUGCCCAUUUCUCUUUCGAAUGGCUGGCAUCAAGAACAGGUAGACGAGCUGUUCUCGAGUCUGUUGGGUGGAGCUGGGAUCGAGGGCGCCGGUGCCGAUCGUGAAGACGGCUUGGUGAUGGGCGUUGUCUCUGGCACGGGGCUCGACGCGGAUUCUCGCGAGAAUACUGAGGUCUCGCUGAGCGGUCUGAAAGUGUUCUGAUUGUCGGAUCGCUAGCGUAUAGUCUACAGAUGAGAUGCGAAGUAUGCAGAAAGUCCUUCCGAUCCUGCCCCCUCAAGCCGAGACGAGGUCGAUCGAUCGCGCCUGCACGGUCC